GUACCAGGUAGGGAGGGGAAGAAAAACGAGAGAGACCAACUGACUGAUAGGCGUGAGUUCUCUCACGAGUCAAGCCCAAACAGGGGUGGCUGGCAGGCGCAGAGGAACCUUCUCCCUGAAGCUGCAGGGGGCACAGGCAUGCUGAUGAGUGGGCAGGGUUCUGAGUGGGGGUGGGAAAUGGGGACUGGGAGAAAAGGUCAGAGACCUGGGUAGUGCAUUGGCUCUUGGGUAUGAAUGCGGUCUUUGCUGGCAUCUAACCUCAGGUUGGUGGUAGGAGCUGGGAUGUGGUUAUUGCUUUUCAGAGACUGGACUGGAAUCUGAGUGGAUUGCGUUCAUGUCCUGCCCCUUGGGCUACUGCUGCUGGCAGGCCCUAGCAUAUUAUUUACUUGUGUUAGGAUGGAAAGGGCUUUCAGAUGGAAGACACCCCCUCCCCCCCAAGUAGAUGAUGUAUCUGAGAGACUCCAGAAUGCUUGGGUGGUGGAGGUAGGUGCCUGUGGCCCUGGCAGCUUUGAGUAGUGCAGGCCACUCUGGGAGGUGCUGGGCAGAAAGACCAGCAGAGCUGUGCCUCUCUGGAGGAACUCACUCUGAUGGGCGUAGAUAAACACAUAAGUGUGUAUGGCCCGUGGUGUCCGGUGGUGUGAGUAAAUGGAGCAUUGAGGUAUGAUCGGAGAAGUUGUUUGGAAAAUUGCGCAAGGAGGGGUGAAGCAGAGAGUUCUGUGGAUGCCAUGAGUGGACCUCCCUUUGCAGAGAGACAGGGGAUGUGGCUACUGUCAGUCUGGGCAUUGUGAGAGCCCUGGGAGAGGGCUCCUUGCACUAGAAAAGAACUACCUGCCGAUGGUUGCAGUCUCCUUUCCUACUUCGGGGCUCUUUGGGCUGCUCAGGGUUGGUGAUCACUGUUCUCCAGGCCAUUUGCAGGAGUGACUUUGGGGAGAUGAGAGAAGACGCAGCAAGUAGGAUUAAACUUAGGGGAUCAGAUACCAGGCUAUUGGCAGAAAUGGGGAUGCAGGGAAGUGGUGUUCGGGGUGGCAGUGGCAAUACGCGCAGGCUGUACUCUGGUGAUGUGAGUCUGGAAAGCAUGGGCAGAAAAGGCUGGAGGGCACAGAGAAUAGUGGGGCCCCAGGCUUCUGUCGGGCACGCAGGUAGCAUCGACCAUGCCCCUGUGCUGUGACGCUAUCUGUGUACUUAACAGUGUUUGGGGUAGCUAGGAGACUUCUUCAGUGGAUUGUGAAGGGGUAGUUCGUAACUGGAGUGGAGAAAUUGGUGGUUAAGUGUUUUGGUUUCUAGAGCCAGGUUCAGCUGCCUCUGCCACUUACUGGUCGGUGUGUGGCUGCAGACAAGUGACUUCAUUCACCACUUUACCUUAGGGAUCAUAAGAGUACCAGUCUCAUGGGAUGGGGGUUGGAGGGGGGGUCAGUGUUUGGCGUGGAUAGAGCACGCAUUAACAGGUUGUAAUUGUCAUUCUCCUACUGAAAUCCCUGAUAGCUGGGCUGUCCAAGGAAGCCCAGGAGGUUCUGAUCUGGCCACCUUUUCUUCUCCUGGGACUGACAGCAUCUGCCACCACACCUUGCCCUUGGAAUAUCACAUGUGGCAUUUGCCUGCCUUCUCAGACCUCCCAGGCCAGCUUCCCAGACCCUCCUUCCACUCAGAUUUCCUGGUGGGUUACCUAGGGUUUGCCUGCUUGUUGCCUUCUGCAGCCGGAUGGUAAUGGUUGGGCCUAGUUUCUGCUCUUCCCCACCUUGUUUUUGGACAGAUUGCUUCGGAUGGUGACCUGCGUCUGACAGUCCCAUCAGCUCUUCUCAGCUCUCCUGAGGCCGCAGCUGGCAGCUCCCCUGACCCUCAGCACUUGCCUGGACCGCCUGCGUUUGCCACCACAUCCUUCUCCAGCCCAUCUCUGUCCUAUUGUGUCCUGAGUGUCACUUUUGACCACUCUUCCCUCCUGCGGCACCUCUUCCUCCCUUUUUCCCUUUCUUCUCUUACUUGGUGUAGUUUGUGUGGCAGCCCGUCUGCACCAUGCCUCGUGGCCAGCCCCGGCGGCAGGGUCCUCGCAAUCCCAUCCGGGCGGCAGCCAAUUACGCCAAUGCACAUCCUUGGCAGCAGAUGGACUGGGUCUCUCCUGGGUCUGCAUAUGCCCCUCUAGUGGAUCCCUGGAUUGAGCGGCCUUGCUGUGGGGACCCUGUGUGUGUGCGCACAACCGUGGAGCAGAAGAGCACGGCAAGUGGUACUCGCAGCGGUGACCCCAUGGAAAGGGGUCCUCGCACUGUGCACAUGCCUGGCCCAUGGCCUCUCCGGGUGGACUUCCACUGGGUGCCAGGCUCGGACCCAGGCACUUUUGAUGGCUCCCCAUGGCUGCUGGACCGCUUUUUGGCCCAGCUGGGCGAUUACAUGUCUUUCCGCUUCAAGCACUACCAGGACAACCUCAGCCGCGUCUGUGAGAUCCUCGGGCGUCUGACAGGCCGAGCUCGGGCGUGGGCAGCCCCCUACCUUGAUGGGGACCUACCCCUGCCCGACGAUUAUGAGCUCUUUUGCCAAGAUCUUGAGGAGGUUAUUCAAGACCCAAACAAUUUCGCUGAGUACCAUGCUGCAGUGCCCUGCCCUCUGCCCCCAGCCUCGAGCCAGCCACCAGUGGCCCCACAGCUGCCUGUGGUGAGGCAGUACUUAGCUAGGUUCUCAGAGGCGUUGGCACUCAACAUGGGUACUCCCCCCAGGCCUAUCCCAGCCACCCCUGCUGUUUCUAGUUCCAGCUCUACAUCUGGAAAUGCUCUGCCUGAGCACCAGCUAGCCAAGGAGAGCAGCCCUGAGUCCAUGGAGCCCCCUGCCUUGUCCAGUUCUGCAUGCAGCACUAAUCCUGGUCCAUUGGGGCCAGCCUCCUCUCAGCCAGAGGAGGUGGCCCCCAAACCUGUCCCUGAACUUUCAGAACCUGCUAAUCCCCCUGCCCAGAAACCAAAUCCAGCUCUCCCAGGGGGCCCAGAACCCCAAAACACAGAGGAGAAGAUUUCUGAAACAGGAGACCAGGAAGCAACCUUAAGUAGCCCACAGAGUGCAGUGGUUCCCCCAGAUACCCCAGGAGAGCCGCCAUUUUCUCCUGUUCUCCACCCUUCCGCCCUGGAUUCUGAACAGGGCCCAGGCAGGUGCAGCAGUGUUCCUUGUGAUGAAGUGGCCUGCCUAGCCAAGGAGCCCCAUGGCCCCCCAUCAGUACAGAGUGGCAUUACCAGAUGACUCUAGACAUAGCACUGCCAGGUGUUCUGUCAACUUGACCCAUUGCUGGGCAGGAGGUGUACUUGUUUGGGCUCUAUCCUGUCUGAGUACAAACAGACCCCUUCUUCUGUCCCUCCCCCCACCACAGCGGACUGUUGGCUUUUGCCCUGUGCCCUUCAUCCCCCGACUUCCCCAGAGGCUGUCUCCCGCUUGGCUCUCUGCAUCCCCACCACUGCACAGGGAGUACCAUUUCACCUGGGCUUGUUCCCACUAGUUGGACAAGAGUUCUGUAGAUCAGUCCCAUCAGAUAUUUGCAUCAUUGUCAUAAACCCCACCCACUCAUGCACACACACAACCCCCCUUCAGUGCUGGCCGCCACUGGACUGGAUCUGCCAUGCCAGCCCUGUUUGGAUCUGGCCCCUGGAUGGUCUUUUUUUUUUUGGCCCCCACCCCCAUCUCGGCUCCCUAUGUCCUCUGUCUUCUGGGUUGGAAUUUAAGGAAGCUGCAUGGUAGAACUGGCCACUUUCAUUGUUAUUGAGUGGGAUGGUAUCUUGGCAGAGAGGGAUACUCCCCUGUGGGUGUAUUAGGAACCCUGUCCAGCUGGGAAGGCUCUGAUGCAGAAAAGUGAAAUGUAAGCCCACUUGUAGCCUCAGCUGCAUUUCAGGCAUUUUGUCCUGUAUGUUAACAUUCUAGUCACACCUGGUUUCAGAAAGUGGCAUGGAUUUUUACAUCUUGUGCCUUUUCCGUGCUACCCUCCCACUUUCUGCUCUUCAGCAGUCCCUGCCUCCUGCCCAUUCUUACACAUUGCUGAUUCAGCCCUGAAACCCCAACUUUGUACAUGAUUAGUAUCUGGGUAGACUGUCAGCCUCUAGGGCAGGGGCUCUAUCUUAGUUUUGUGUCCCUGGUACACAAUCAGUGCUCAUUAAAGGUGUUGGAUCCAUGGCUGAGCUUGUGGUGUGGCUGCUGACAAGCAGAGUGCUUGUCAAGCACUGCCCGUUCUGUCAGAAACAGGCUAUGUCCCAACUGCAAGCGCUCCAGGUCAGAGUUGCAAGUGUGGUUUCCAGCGGGGGCUUUGAGGAUCCAAGGAUCUGGUUGAAGGAGUUGGGCUCAAUGGGUAGGAAUGGGAGACUUGGCAGGUGGAGUGUGUCCUUGAAAACUGACUUCCGAGAGCUGAGAGCAGGAGGUGAAGUGAGGAGCAGGCAGCAGACCUGGUCUUUGAGGCCUCGGGGCCAGAGGAUUGGAAUGAAGAAAGACCUGUUCUGCACAAGGAUAGGUUUUCUAAUGACAGCUGAGCUCAAAGCUCCCUCAAGCCAAAUUUAACACAGGAUUGGUACAGUGCACCUACUCCAGUGGUUAGGCAAGAAUUUCAAGCCCGUUUCAGUUUUUAAAUUGUGGAAACAAAAGAACACCUUCCUGGAAAGUAGGAAGAAAAAAUAAGUGGAAAAGUGAACUGCAGCUAAAACUAUUGGGUUGUCGGAAAAGUCAUGACGCAUUUUUCCUGUUUUUCGUUGCAAAAAUGCGUCAUGACUUUUCCAACAACCCAAUAGUUAGUUUAGGAAAAACGAGUAGGCAAACAUCUGGUAAAAAUUUUUAAGUAAAAUAGACAUUGUUGGGAUUAUUUAGUAACUCAAAAAGGCUCUGGGUUCAGAUGGUUUUAUGCGUGAAUUAUUUUAAGGCCAGAUACCUUUGUUAGUAUAACAGUUACAAAUCUUGGAAAGAGGUGGGAAGCUAAUAAACCCUAAAAGCAAAACAAGCUGACAGAAGAAAUCAGUGUGUAGUCAUGAUUCUGAUCAGAAGUGGAAAAUCCCUGGAUAUCCUAACCCUGCCCAGUGCUUCUGUGGGGUCACAUUAGUGCUUCUGCCCAGGUCCAGGGCCUCCUUUUGUAGGCACAAGUCUGCUGUGGCCUGGCCUGCCUGUGGGCCUGGUAUCGUUUGCAGUACCAGAUCGGCCCUCAUUUGAUCUGGCAAGACGGCUCUGGCAGUUGAAUCUAGAGCCACACUCGGGGACAGACAGCCCAGUUAACACCCCCACUAUGUUGCUUGCCUCUGUGCAGGCUGCCUUUACUGUCUCUAUUUAGUGGACCUGGUGUGAAUUCCUUCAGCUCAAGAUCGCCAUUUUUCCUUCCAAACCCCUGUCCUGUGUGUGUGGGUGGGUAGGUGGGUGCAUGGGGCUUUCCUCCCUUGGGCCCCAAGCUGCUCCAGUGGGCUUGAGUUAUAGUCUGAUAUACUACUCCUGAGAGCCAGGUCCAUCAAGGCAGGCCUGAGGGCAUUUGAGAAGAGGCCAGAUGACAUGCUUUUUAAUUUGGAGAAUGGGUCCUUUUGUGGUUGGGCUCUUGUCACAAAGGAAAGGAAAGGAGGGCAGGGCCGCAGUGAUAAUGGCAAUGGUAAUGGCAUAGCUGCCCAUUCCUGGGUGCCCAUGAGGGCGGAAUCAGGAGAGGAUGGGAGGGCUCUUGCCUGGCCUUUGACACAGUGCAUAUGGUGUUGCAAAAUGACAGCUUCGUCUCCAGCCAGUGUUGUGCCUCGCCUUUGGGCAGAUGCCAUGACCUAGCUGCCUUCCCGCUUUGCGGGCAAGCAGGCACACAAGAAGGCCAGGAGAGGAGGCUCUUGAGUCAUUCUCCACUCCUGGCUCUCCACACAGGCGGGUGACCUGGAGGAGGGUACUCCUGGGAGCGGCAUGGUCUGGCAGGGUUUGCCGGAUGGACUCAGGGAUGGGCUGAAGUGCUGGGACCUGCCUUCCAGAUCAUCAUGUCUGGCUUUCACUUCCCUUGGAAAUACCCACAGAUUUUAUUACCUAAAGAUAGGACACAGUGGGCACUCUGGGAAGGUUUUUAAGUACCUGUCUCCAAGGAAAAUUCUAACACCAGAGAUAUUGAGGAAAAGGUCCUAUGAGAUAUUGAACAUUUUGUAAAGCUGCUAUAAUGAAGUGCUUGGAAAUAGGUGUGGAUGGAUAAACAGGAGAAUAAAGAAAUUUGUAAUAAAGCCAAAUAAAUAAGGAAUUAGUUCAUA